UGGACGCAGAGCUGGUCUGGAGGUUUGUGCUGGAGCUCCAGAGUGGACAUGCCGAGGAGCGCGUGUGCGAGGACAGUGUGUUACAGUCACCUGUGGUUAACGUGGAAGGUUCUGACGGUGCUGACCGUCCUGUGUGUGGCACUGCAGUUACUUGGCGUGGUCCGACAAGCACGGGAUACAAAAGUAAUUCGACCAGCUGAUGAGCAAUCAGCCACAGCUGAACGGCAAGAUGGAGGAAUACUCCGAUCUAUCCCUGCUACCCUUGACCCACACCAGAGAAACUAUCAGCUCUUCCAGUGGAGUAAUGGCAAGAAUCUCGAUACUACACCAGCCAGACGUCUCACCAGCACAGUCAAUAGGAUCUUAGUGCCAAAUGGAUAUCAGCUAGCAGGAAAAGCAUCUCAACCAAAAGAGCCCAACAAAGAACCCUGGGUUUUCCCAGAAAUUGUCAAUCAAUCACCAGCUCAGAGUGAAAAAUCUGAAAAUGUACCCAAAAUGCCACCUGAAAUUCCUUUAGAAGACAAACCUGGGGUACACCCAGAAGUAGUCAAGCAACCACCAAUACAGAGGCAAAACUCUGAAAACAUGUCACCUAAGGUUCCCUCAAGAGCUGCACCAGGGGUAAUCCUAGAAGUGGUCAAGCAAUCACCAGCCCAGAACCAAAACUCUGAAAGCAUGCUGAGGACAUCACCUGAGGUUCCCCCAAAAGAUGAACCUGGGCUAAACCUAGAAGUGGUCAAGCAGUCACCAGCCCAGAUGCGAAACUCUAAAAACAUGCCGCCUCUCUCAAAAGAACUUCACAAACCACAAAUAUCCAGCCCAAAUGGUAUCCACGCAGACUCUGACAACCAAGCCAUGAUUGUUUUAAGCCAUGAUGAAGUUGGCGUAUGCCGACCCAAGAACCACAUUGUCUUCCUCAAGACCCAUAAAACUGCCAGCAGCACCAUUCUCAACAUACUGUAUCGCUACGGCGACUCCCAGAACUUGACCUUUGCCCUCCCAGCAAACAUGUACAGCCAGCUGUACUAUCCAUACUUCUUCAUGUCUUACUUUGUGGAGGGUUCAAGAUUUGGUAGGGUGAAAGAAUUCCACAUCAUGUGCAACCACAUGCGAUUCCGAGGCCUUGAGGUGAGAAAGGUGAUGCCUGUGGACACCUUUUAUUUUUCCAUCUUGCGGAGUCCAGUAUCCAUGAUGGAAUCCAUCUUCACGUACUACAAAAGCAUCCCGGCAUUCCAAAAUUUCAAGACUCUCACGGAAUUCUUGCUGGAUGGUGGCCGGUCCUUCAAUGCCUCGCUGCCGAGUAACCACUACGCUCGCAACCUUUUGACCUUCGACUUCGGCAUGGACAGCUCACCUCCCGCAAGCAAGGUAGAGUUAGACCAGCGCAGCACUGCCCUGAUUGCCGCAGUGGAGAGCAACUUCCACCUGAUUCUCAUCUCAGAGUACUUUGACGAGUCGAUGAUCCUGCUCAAGCACGCCCUCUGCUGGACCCUGGAGGACAUUGUGUCGUUUCGGCUGAACAGCCGCAGCGAGAAGUCUAGGCACAAGCUGAGCCCAGAGUUGGCCGAGCUUGUAAAGCAGUGGAGCUCACUAGACUGGCGGUUGUACCAACACUUCAAUGCCACCUUCUGGCGACGAAUAGACACCAUGCUGGGACGUGCUAAGCUUCAAGAGGAGGUGGAGCUCUUAAGAGCUCGCAGGGCAGAGCUUGAACAAACCUGCCUUCUAGGGGGAGGUGCUGUUGAUCCCAGCAAGGUCCAGGAUGAGUCUCUGAAACCAUUUCAGUAUGGUACAGCGGUUAUCCAGGGAUAUAACAUUCGCCCAGGCCUGGACAAAGAAACCCAUCGUCUCUGUCAGAGGCUCAUCAUGCCUGAGCUUCAAUACACCAGUGCUUUGUACACUAAACAGUUCCCUGAUCUUGUGGCUAAAUUUAAAAAUCGAGCCAAAAUGGUUGCCACUAAAAAUCUGGCUGCUGCCAGCCGCACAACCACAAGACUGAGUGCCUUGAAUCACAACCUUCAAACAAGAACGGCUGCUGUUCACAAAAUAAAUUCACAAAGUAUCACAAAUGGACAGCCACAAAAACUUGUUAAUGUGCAAACAUUAGCAAAAGACAGUUCCGUUGUAAAAAGUGAUGCUAAUGUAUUAGCACAACGAAGCAUAGAAACUCAAUCUGACCCCAGUAAAUACAAAGCAAUCAAACACAACAUACCUUCUUAAACCUGACUUGAAACAGUCUACUUCAUGCUAAAAACUGAUUAAGCUAACCCCAGUGUGAAUACCCAUGCUGCUAACUUUUGAAGUUGAGAGAAAACAAUGAUCAGGCUGACGGCAGAAGCUGUUCAUCAGAUAUUGGCGUCAAUGCUGGCUCCUGUCCUGAAACACAGCUUUUUUUACUGCCUAUUUUGAGGACAUCAUGAAAUCCAGCAGCCAAAAUCAGAUAGCACUUAACAAGCUAGCUCUUUCCCUAAAAGGAAACAUGUUAAAUUUCAAAACAUUCCAACUUCUUUUUUUUUCCUGAAACAUAAAUAUUCCUGUCUAGACUUUGUGCUGUUGUGGACUGGGCCUUACUCUGCUCUGAAAGUGGCCUUUUUUCUACAGCUGCAUACAAUUCACGCUCAUCCAUCUCCAAGUGGAUAAAGCUAAAGAAAGAGUUUCAGGUUUGGCUUUUCUAAUGGGAAUUGGCUUAAGGCAGGAGUGUCCAAUCUUACCGACAAAGGGCCGGUGUGGCUGCAGGUUUUCAUUCCAAUGAAGCAAGAAGUCAUAUGAUCAACUGAAGCCAAUUAAAUAAAAAAGUAGAAUCAGGUGAGUUCCAGCUUGUUUUGAGGGAACACCUACAGACAAACCUGCCCUUUGUGGAUAAGAUUGGAAUCAUCUGGAAUCAGAACACCUGUUUAACCAUUAGGCUGGGCAUACACUACAUGAUUAUUUACCAGAUUUUAGGCCAGAUUUUAGGUCCGAUUUUAGGCCAGAUUUUCCCCGUGUGACAAAUUUUCACAAUCUGUAGCUUCUCUCCAGGUCAGGGGCUCAGUUGAAAGUGACUGAUGUUGUGGAUGAUCUGUAGUGUGAGAGGAGCAACGAGUGAAUCUUUAGCCUUCCAUUCGAACUCUGGAGUAAUCGAAGACCCUCUGAUAUUAUCAAACAUCUGAUAUUUACUCAAAAUAUUCACAAGUCCUGUAGUGUGAGCACCCUUACAAAGAAGUAUACUUAAAGUUCAUUUUAUUAAGUAAACCUAAGUAAAGUUCAAGUAUAUUUCCCAAGUACUCUUUAUGUAAGGAGUAUAUUAAUAUCAUUAUAAUAGUAGUGUACUUUGGAAGGAAACCUACACAGCCCAGAGAGAACAUGCAAACUCCACACAGAAGGGAGCUGGUCACCCGGCCGGGGAAUCGAACCCAGGUCCUUCUUGGUGCGAGUUGACAUUGCUACCCACAUUUAAAUAAACCUCCUUUUUGUAAGGGAAGAUCAGAGAUUAUUCAACAGCAGCCUAUCAGAGAGCUGGAGGAGCAGAUAAACAGGCGGCAGAUGGGAACAGAUAUCAUGUUUAUAAUGUCAUGAGGUCACUCGCUUUACAAUUUUAGCUCAGCUGCCAGUUUGUAGUGAAAUAUUUCUCGGGCCUUCAUCACAAUGUCAAUGUUUCUCACCACAUAUUAAUAACCAGUUUGAGCUUUUGCUGCACAUAAAAGUCCAAACAAGUCCGGUCAGUUUGGCUUUGUUUGUGUCAUUUGAUCUGAGGAGAUCUGGGAGUUUGAGUUUUUAGUCGUAGCCCAAACACGUUAUGUGUGUUACUCUCUCUCUUUGCCUUAUCGUCUAGUGUACGAGCACCUCACGACAAAGUUGUGUAGUGUAUGCCCAGCCUAAGAGUCCUUUACACUGUGAUAUCAACCCAUCUGGACAAACACAGAACACCAUUAGUAACUACUGGUCACUACCAGGAACCUUUUAAUGGUUUUACUUUUUCAGCAGGUUGUUUUUAUUGAGGGAUAUUCGAUCCAUGUAUUGUGAAUAGGACUGAUUAAGACAGACCACCUGUUAUUUAUUUGUUAGGAAUAUUUUAUCGCUUGGAUCAUGAGAACUUGCUUGGUCAAAUAAAGGCCAAAUAAAUAGCUGUUUCAGUUCUGGGCACCACUGUCAGUGCAGCUUCAUUGCGGAUCUAUUUUUGGGGGCUUCAUUUGGAGAACCAGGUCAGUUGUUGCAAUCUGACUCAUUUUCUCUUCUUUAUCUGAUCCAGUUGAUGGAGUUUAGAGACUUCGUUUACGUUGAAGUCCUGCUGAAAUGACCUUUUAUUUGCACGUCAUCCAAUCAGCAUGGACAAAAUCUGGGGUUUCCCAAGUACGGCCGAAGUCAGAUCAUGACAAGGUGGCCGGUGUUGGCAUUAGAGAUGCAUAACGAGUACUUAGUCAUUAGAAAGCAAAUAAAAAUGUCCUACUAAAUAGAACCACAUUCUUUAGAACCCUAGGUUAAUUUUGUGCAAUAGUUUGGUAUUUUGGUCAAUUACAAUUACAGUUAUAAAAUAGUUAAAUGAGUUAGUCACACAGGCCAUACAUUGUUAUUUUCAGGAGACCCUGGGCUACUCAGAUAUGCCAUUAUUUCACACGUAAAUGUUGACAGAAUUUUGACAUCUUUAUGAAUUUCAAAAUUUCUAAAAUUUCCAAAAAAAUUCCAAAAUUUACCUACGUGAAAUUUUGCUUAUACAGAUCUUGAAAGCAAAUUUAGACAUGGUUAGUCUGGAGUGUCUGUGAGCUGAAAAAUUUAGAAUUUUGAUGGUGAUUAAUUUUAUUGCUUAAUAUGACUAACUGCUUUAGUAAGUGAUAACAGAUGAUAUUUCCAAUAUUAAUCUGGCUUUACAGCAAAAUUCAAUGAAAUUUAAGACAGUUACUGUGAAUUGUAUUAUAAGUUACCGUAAAAUUAUGGUGUUUCAGUGCCCACUGCUUAUAGAAUAUAUAGAAUAUAUGAAAAAUGGCUCAUGUCACUUCUGUCAAACAACUGCAGAACAGACCAUGAUCAUAAAAGUAAUAAAUUGGCCCACUGCUAAGUCCGUGUUAAAAAAUUUGAAGAUUCCAUUCUGGUCUGAUUCUGAUCAUGUGUGCUUAGUUAGUAUCACAGCGUAAAACUUUUGGUAGCAGUUUACUUUACAGACUGGUAAUAAAUGGGUAAUAAUAAAGUAAUAUUAUGCUAACAAAUUGUACUAACUUGUAGAUGACAUGCUGAUUUUGUAUGAACUAAAAUAAGUUAGUAACUGUUGUGGUUAUAAGUUAAGUAAUAAAGUAUAAAAUGUAAAAAAAGAAUAACAAUUUCUAGAUGACAAUAGAUAAAACAAGUCAGUAAUUGUAAGGUUAAAAAGUAUGUAAUCAAACAGAAAUAUAACAGUAACAAGUUACUAAACAAUUACAGGAUAUUUUUCUAGUUUUUCUACAUGUUAAUAAUAAGUGGAUAAUAAU